UCAAAGGUUUGUUUCAAAAGACGAGAAUAUAAAGGCCAGGUUCAGUAUGACAUGGGAUGCAUUGACAAAGAGAGUUGUGGCAGAUAUACAACGCGUCUAAAUUCUUCCGAAAUUGCUAAAAUGAGCGUUGAUAAGUCGAGUUUUUGUUACGAAUGUUGCUCGAAGGAUAAAUGUAACGGAAAUCUAUGUACUUACCCUCCUCCCUCCCUUUGUCAAGAUGACAAGUCGGUGGAUUGUGCUAAAUUGAACUCGAUGUUUGAUAUUUGUAAGGUUACAAGUAAUGCAAAGAAAAUAUGUCCGCGCUAUUGCAAUCUCUGUGAUUUGGUGGACGGAAAUUGGUCUCUCUGGUCAUCAUGGACAUCAUGUGAUGUCACUUGUGGUUCAGGAUCUCUGUUACGACAUCGAACAUGUACUAACCCAGCACCACAAAACGGAGGCAUUGAUUGUCCGGGGAAUGGAACUCAGAAAAAAACAUGUCAACUAAAGUUAUGCCCAGUACACGGUGGUUGGAGUUCAUGGGAUAAUUGGGGAACGUGCUCCGCCACUUGUGAUGUAGGAAUGAGAAGCCGAAAACGGUUUUGUACUAAUCCACGUCCACAGCGUUUUGGGGACCACUGUUUUGGUGACAGUAUUGAAGAUGAACUGUGUAACACAGGAUCUUGUGCAGUUGAUGGUGGAUGGAACGAGUGGAAUGAAUGGGGACAAUGCUCUGUUUCAUGUGGGGUAGGACUUCAGAGUCGUACACGAUUGUGUACAAAUCCAUCUCCAGCAAAUGCUGGCAAGCAAUGCGUUGGACAAAACUUCGAUGUUAAACAGUGUUAUCAAGACCUUUGUGAAGGAGAAUGGAAGGCCUGGGAAACAUGGAGUAAUUGUAGUAGAACUUGCAGUCAAAGACCUCAAACAAGAAAACGAAGUUGUGUAAAACAUGCAUUUACUAAAGAAUGUCAAGGAAAUGCAACAGAACUACGAAAAUGUGAGGACACAACCUGUUAUGAGGAUUGCUAUGCCAAUAGGAAGAAUAGAGGAAAACAACAAAGUGGAGUUUACAACGUACGCCUUUGGAACACAAGUCGAGUUAUACCUGUCUACUGUGACUUUGAUACAGAUACGGGAGGAUGGACGGUAUUUCAAUAUCGAUUCAACGGCAGCGUUGAUUUCUACAGAAACUUUAGUGAUUAUGAGAGAGGUUUUGGUUCUUUAGACGGUGAAUUUUGGUUAGGCCUUGAAAAUAUCUACGAAAUGGUUUCCCGAGGAAAAACAGAGUUGAGGCUGGAUCUGACGGCAGCUGACGGAACAUCUGUAUACGAAACAUUUCAGAAUUUUAGACUAGAAAAAAGACCGUAUUAUACUCUUCAUAUCGACAAGGGAGUCGGUACUGCAGGCGACUCACAAGGUUUAUCAUACAGCAAUGGUAGUCAUUUUUCAACUGUCGACAUGGAUCGUGAUCGAUACAGCAGAAAUUGCGCUAUAGACGAACAUGGUGGAUGGUGGUAUAAUGAGUGUUCUUACGCAAAUCUAAACGGUAAAUAUUUUACUCCUGGAGCACAAGGACGUGGGAUGAUAUACUACUCAUUUAAACGCAUUGAAUCACUCAAGGUCUCCAAAAUAAUGUUCCGGCGGGUGUAAAUGCAUCAUGAUCAAAUAUUGCAAGGAAAUGACAAAAAUUAAUAUUAUUUUCAAACUAGUGAUUGUUUCUUAUGUAAAUUAUAUGUAAAACAUGAUUCGAAGGCAAUAACUUUAAAUUUGUCUAUUAAAAUACCAACACAAAUUUAUAGAAUAACUUGAUGUGCAGAAAAAAACAUAAGUAAACUACCAUGGCGUAAAAUAUAUUGAUGUCAUGAUGUCAUUGUGGAUACUUUCACUUAUUAAUCUAAGACAUGAAAAAAGUUAGAUCUACAUAAAGACAUUCCGUAAAUAACAUAUCUGAAAACAUAUUGUACGAAUGUGUUUGUAUAUAUCAUGUGUAUUCACAACAGCAACAAUAUAUUUCAACAUAAAGUAUAUACCUCUUAUUGUUAAUUGCUAAAUCUAUAUGAAGAUCUUUUGUUAAUAUCUCUCUGAAAUCAUUUUAACUAUAUUAUGAACAAUUAUUGUAAAAAUGUCUUACACUUUACCUAUAUUAUGUAAUAAUGGCUAUUUGCUAAAUUAGUUAAAUGCCAAAUAAAAUAUUGAAUUGAAUUUUGAAUUGAAUUGAAAAAAAUCUUAUAUCAAUCUACUGCUAUAUAUACUUAAAACUUGUGGUAUGUUAAUCACGCAUUUCCAAAGCCGUGUCAAAGUAGGUUAUUUAAAAAGGGCAAAGAAAAGAAAGAAAAAGGCCUUAUAUAAUACCAAAAAUAAUGUCUGUUUAUACUAGCAAAAUUCUUGUGUUAUUGAAAUAUAUAUUGUCAACUAAUCAAUUUAAAAAAAAGAAUUAAAUGUUGUUUUUUAUCAUAUGCUGAUCUUCUGUAUACUAUUAUAAUAAAGGAUUCGAUGUUU